AGAAAGUGGAAAUUGGAAUGGUGGCGGCCGUGACGGCGUGAGGGAGGCGUGAGCAAGUACUGAACGCUUUGAGCUGGCAUUUUCAGAGAUCUUGGUGAGCAGCCACAAUGCAGGGUCCACCUGCCCAGCUUGCAGAGGUUGCGCGGUUCUGUCAGGAGGAAGGCGCAGCCGGCAAAGAAAAGAUCCUCCUGCACUACCUCAAGCGCAUCGCUGUAUUGAAUCCGCUCCUGAGAGCAGUCACUGAGGUCGCCAGCUUCCAGCAACUAAGAAACGCUGGGACGAGUCAAGAAGAUCAUGGGGGCCCAGAAUGUGGUCCUGGCAAUGUGUCUACAGCAAGGGGUGGCAGCUCCAACCAGGAAGGGUCUGCUGAGCUCUUCGAAGAAGGAAGAGCUGAAAGUAGUAGCAAAGAGAGCUCACUUGAAAGAAGAUCAGAUCGACCGGGGAAGUCUGCAAAGCUUGCAUUGGCUAUCAAUGCAGACAGAGAACUUCACAGCGUCCUCCUAUUUGAAAGAAGGAAACACCACAACUCUGACUGGACACUCCCCCCCAGCCAACAUCCAAAACCUCAAAGCACGCGCCCCUUAGAGGGUGUCCCAUUCCUUGUCAAAGAUGUCAUCGACGUUGCCGGGUUCCGCACGGUCGCCGGUUGCGAGCUUCUCGCCCGCACGCACCCCGCUGAUGCCAGCGCUGACAUUGUCCGCCAGCUUCAGGCUUUAGGGGCAGUUCCAGUUGGCAAGAGCACUGUUCCGGAGGCUUGUUCGCAAAGCCGUGUAGACGUACAGACGUUCAGCAGUCUGCACAGUGUGACGGAGAACCCUUAUAAGUUCUCUAUCACUUCGGGGGGGUCCUCGGGGGGCUCGGCAGUGGCGGUGGCAACGGGGAUGGUGCCCCUGGCAGUGGGAACUGAUUGGGCGGGCAGUCUGCGGAUCCCGCCUUCUGCGGCAUCUGUACGCUCCGCGCUUCCCGUGGCCGGAUGA